AUGGAUGAAGUAAGAAAACUUAAUAAUGAUGCGUAUGAGUGGUUUAAAAACAUUCCUCCUCAACAUUGGUCUCGUUCACACUUUACAGGUAGAGCUCAUACAGAUGCUAUGCUUAACAAUAUGUGUGAAUCUCUGAAUAGCAAGAUUGUUGAAGGUCGUGAUGUACCAAUCAUUAAAUGUUUGGAGUACAUUAGAGAGUACUUAAUGAAGAAAGUUGUAACUGUUCAAAAGGAAAUUGAUAAAGCUACAGACCCCUUGACUCCCACAGCUACCAUAUGGGUUGGAAAAUUGAAGAAAGAGGCUACACAAUUAAGGUGGGAACUAAUAGGGAUACCAUGUGCACAUGCAAUAGCAACUAUGUGGGAGAUGUUGAAGAACAAAGAGAUUGAUAAGAUACCAGAACAUUGGGUGAAUCGAACAUAUUGGUUAGAAACAUGGAAGAAUAUGUACUCUUUUACAAUUCAACCAAUCAAUGGAAGGAACAUGUGGGAGAAGUCUACAUGCCCUACAACAUUACUCCCUUCAAAACACCAUGUGCCCAUUGGAAGACCAAAGAAAAAAAGAAGGAGAUCUGCCAUGGAGGUUGAGGAUUUGGUGAAAGGUAACCAAUUGUCAAGAGCACAAAAGUCAGUGACAUGUUCUAAAUGUAACAAAAUUGGUCAUGAUGCAAGGACUUGCAAGGGACAGAAGGCUGGUGGUGCUGGAAGUGCUAAAGUGAAGGCUGGUGGAUCACAAACUUUAAGGAAUGUUGGUGGUGCUAGAAGUGCAAAAGUGAAGGAUGGAAUUGCAAAAGUGAAGGUUGGUGGUGCUGUAAGUGCAAAAGUGAAGGAUGGAAGUGCAAAAGUGAAGGCAGUUGUUAGCAAAAAAGGGAAAGGUGUCCCAUACAUGUGGUUUUUAGGUGCUUAUGUAUUGUUUUGGUUGAUGUUGACAAACAUAGUCUUAAUUUGA